AUGUUAUACAAGUCCAAUGUUUUCCCCUGCGCGGCGCACAAGGGUUCAGCUGGGAGCCUAGGACGACUUUGGGAUCGAACCCAGUUUUCGAUACAGCCUCUCCACCUCUGGAGGACCCUGCUCCGCCAUUGCUGCCACCAGACUAAGACGAUGCUCAGCCCGCCGCAGGAACGGCAUCUUGUGGACCUGUCGCCCCCAGAUUCAUCAGGACAAGGUGCCGGCGUUCCAAAUCCUUGGAUGCAUCCGCAGACCUCAUCAUCUGAUACGCGAGUCAUUAUUGAGACAGUCGAAAGUGAUGAUGGCGUGUAUGACAACGAGAAUCGAGUGUUGAAGACUGUCGUGAACUCUUCUCAGAGAUGGGUUGAAGGCCUCACCCCCACCGUCGAGGCUUCCCACCCUGGACUUUAUAUAGUCGUCGAACAAGGUCGGCAGGCUCCUCAGGUCUUGACUACUUGGCAUGGAGCCAAUAUAGCCAGGGGGGUUGAAGGGAUAGUCCGCGGUCUUGUGACUAUGAGAAGAACGGCGGUGGAACGCGUGCAAUCUCGACCGCCGAAUGACUCCCCGGUCAAGCUGGGUUUCUUGGUCUUGUCCUGCACCAGCUGUGACAAGACAACGGUCUUGUCCCGUCACUCGGUUUGGGUUGUCAAUCUCAACCCGUCCCUCCGGUCGGUUCUUGUCUCACCUCAUCGUUUACCUGCGACUCGGGCUCAUCUGAUCGUCCUCACCGGGCCCUCGGCUAUCUUGGUUGGACUGUUGAAGUGUGUGGUGCCUCGUCCGAACGAGUCGGACGGUUUCGAUGGGCGGUCAACCCCCAGUUCAACAGCCCCGCCGCCCCCACGUUCGAGUUCUGAGAUCAAAGACUCCCAUGCGAUGCCAAGGCACGGCACAGCGGCUGACUUUCUCAUGGGACCACCGUCUGUACUCAGUAGUGCCUGCGGCCUUUUCCCCGUUCUGAUCAUCCCUGCUGCGUUUUGCUCCGUACCGCUGUGCUCUGUUUUGCAGGCCGGUAUUGCCCUCGAUAUCAGCGCUGUCGCCGAAGUCGACAGCAACGUGGCCGUCUACAGAAGGUCCAACAUCCGACCAACCAACCAUUCAUAUUUUCUUUGCCUUUACGAGAGUCAAAGGAGGCGCGUUGGGUUUAUGGGGGCGAAUAUUUCCCGAGACAAUGACUCCCUUCUUUCGGCAGUGUCUAGCUGGACGGCCGGACGAACCGAUGACAACGCUCUGCUCUUAGGACAUCAUGGUCAGCUGUUGGCUGGCAUUUUGAGUCAGGCCUCGGGGACAUCGAAGUAUAGUAGAAAUGCUUUUGAGGUGGGCAAGCGGUAUCACGUCGGAGAGUUUCAUAAUGAUUCUUUGCCGCCGUCUUGGAAUUUCGCGCUUUUCGCUGCACCCAUGACUGCGACAGAGCCCAGUCGGAUGACCCAUCACGAUAACACCGCAAAGGGUAUUGAACAUGGUAGGCUGAAGGAUAUUUCCCCUGUGUUCAUCUACGCCCAACAACUGAGACGGACGUCGACCAUUGCUACAAACGACGACAAUUCCAGGACAGGAUAUGCCCCUCUGAAGUCUCACGCCGACACGCGCCCAUCCUUUCCACCAGACGAGCAUCCUUCUACCCCUCUUGUUGGUUGGGACGCCUUGUACGCCAUCCAGAAAACCAUACCAUAUUCGUUGCGUGGCUCGAACUUGCCCCAAUCACAUCUUCCACGCAACCUGCUCACACUUGACUACCUACCUUGUUGCGCAUCUACGGAGCAUCACCCUCCCUUGCCUCGGGCCAUCUACUCCCCUUCUGACUGA